UAGCCGGUGUUGAGGAGCAGGAAGAACACUUCGAAGGCUCCCCCCUCAUUGGCAGUCGAUGAUUUCAAACACCUCUAGAAUGUGUGUGUGAAGCAUCCUUAGACUCUCCAACCAACUCACAUCAACUACUGCUGCUUAUUGGGUUCUGUUAAGAUUCCCUCAAGAUUUCAUUGGAUCCACGCUCAAGAGUGCCUGCCCUACCAGGUUUAUUUGACCUUCCUUCAGUGCUAAAGCGCCAACGCCUUCAGACUUGGUCACUGCCUGUAUGCCUUAUUGCCUGGGUCCAUGGGAAGCAUGAGUCUCUUGGGAGCUGGGACAAGAAGAAAACAAGACAUCUUCGCCAGGAAAAGCAGACGCUAAGAGGGCAUCUGAGAUUUGAAGGCAGGGGUUAGAACACAGCCAUGACCGACAGUGGACUCCGAGAUCCUCCGGAGGAUUCUCAAAUGCAUUUGGAAAAUGUCCCAGCAGUCAGUUCUCAGGCACAGAAGACCACAGUCCCAGAGAGUGCCACCAAAGAAGCUCAGUCCCCAGGCCCUGCCUCUGGCCUUAACCAAGGUCCGCCUGGGAUAGAGGAAUUGGGUCCAGGGCGUGCAGACACAGGUGCUCAAUCUGAAGGUCCAGAUGACAUGACGGAUGGGAAACAUCCAGAGGAUGGAAGCAAGCAAGAGACCAACAGGAGUUCCCAGGAUGGAGAGCAGGGGCACCACUUCCAUCCAGGAAGUCCUGGGGAAAGACUCUUGGAUCAAGAUCCUAACCAUUCUCCUGGUGACAUGGUAGGAAGAGCAGGUGCACACCCAGGGAGUCAUUCUGCAGCCCUCCCUGAGGAAGGGCGCAUCAGCACCGCAGCUUCCCAGGAGCCACCAGCCCCAGACUCCCAGGAUGCCCAGGGUUCUGGUGGUCCCAGCACAGGCCUGGAGAGCCAGGGAGCACUGAGGAGGCGGCUAGUGGCACCAGAGCCUACACGUCAUCUGCAAGCAGAACAAAGAUCGGAAGAAAAGGAAAAGAGAACACACAGUGGCAGAAGGCAGCUGUUCCGUUAUGGACACAUCAUUUUUGUCAUCAUGGGGAUAGGCCUGGCUGUCUUUCUGCUCAAUGCUAUCAGUAGUUACUAUUUCUCUCAAGCCCAACAAGUGCACAAAAAUCCGGCUCUGGAGACCUUCCUGGCUCAUUUCACCCAGUUGCAGGAUAAAUUUCCAGGCCAGAGUUCUUUCCUGUGGCAGAGGGGACGCAAGUUUCUACAGAAGCACCUCAAUGUCUCCAACCCCACCGAGCCAGCCACUGUCAUAUUCACAGCCGCCCGGGAGGGGCGAGAGACCCUGAAGUGCCUGAGCUACCACGUGGCGGAUGCCUAUACUUCAUCCCAGAAAGUCUCUGCCAUUCAGAUCGAUGGCGCAGCAAGAACCUGGCAGGACAGUGACAUGGUCAAGCUGUUAGUCGACCUUGAGCUUAGCUCUGGAUUUGAGAAUGGCCGGAAGGCGGCCGUGGUGCACCGCUUUGAAUCCCUUCCUGCCGGCUCCACUCUGAUCUUCUACAAGUAUUGUGACCAUGAGAACGCAGCCUUCAAAGAUGUGGCCCUUGUCUUGACAGUCCUUCUGGAAGAGGAAACAUUGGAAGCCAGUGUCGGCCCAAGGGAAACGGAAGAAAAAGUGAGGGAUUUGCUCUGGGCCCGGUUUACCAACUCUAACACUCCCAGCUCCUUCAACCACAUGGACUCGGACAAACUGAGCGGGCUGUGGAGCCGCAUUUCACACCUGGUCCUGCCCGUCCAGCCUGUGAGGAACAUCGAAGAACAGGGGUGCCCAUUAGAAAGCUAAGCACCGAGUUGGCUAUUGAAGAGGUGGAUUUCUUUUUCCCUAAGCCAGCUUAAAAUCCUUCCAUUUAUGGGGAAGGUGGUUGAUAAAUGCUAGCAAAUGGAGAAGUACAAGUGAGCAUGCUUUAGAAAAAAAUUGCCCUUUUCACUUUUCAUGGUAUUUUUCUAAUCCAUGUGCGACAAAGCUAAAAAUGGACCUGAUUUUACCCCCUCUUUCCCUUUCAGCCUGACAUAUAUAAUUGAGGAUUUUUUUUAAAAUCCAAAAACAUAGCAACAGAGCAUUUGCACAGGAAGAAACCCUUGCUUCCCACAGUAACUACAGAGUGAUUUUUUAUUUUCUUGUGUGAGACUGUAAGGAGUCUUUCCAGUAAUGUUUAGACUCUGAAUAAGGCAAUUACAUUUAUGAAGCAGUGAUCAUGUUUAGGAAAAUAUUUUUGUUAAAUAUUUUUAAGCCCCUCUUAAAUAACCCUGUCAUGGGUUACAUUUUAUGCUAUACUUGCACUUUCGAGUCGUGCGAAACAAGGAACCGGGCAUCAAGCCAUCCAUGCUUACCUAAAUACUGUCCAUCAAGCACUGUGCUUUUAUUCCGUUACUGAGCUGACGUGGAAGCCAUCUAGGAAGAGGGGAGAUUGUUUAUAACCAUUGGAAAGGAAGAGAUUCCCAUCGGCUCUCUCUCUAGUUCAGCUUUCCUGAAUGACUCAGAGCCAUGGUUUUCAAGCUACCUGCAUCCCUUCCCCUUUGAAGGCGAUUAAUUGGGCUUUUGACUAUUUUAUAUUUUGGGUUUUUUAUAAGAUUUCCCUGGAUCGUGGAGGUUUGAAGCUACUGAUUAAGUGGGAAACAUCUUAGAGGAUUAGGAAGUUGGUAGAAACGAAUGAAUGGAUUGAAAUUUAGGAGUAGGAAGAGUGACGGUGACACAGGCUUAAUGUAUAGAAGUGCUGCCUAUGGGAGAUCCAGACUACAUACAGAGGAACAGCAGGUCGUGCACUAGCAUUGACUGGCAUGUUUCUGGUGCUUUUGUUAAUUUAUCUUAUAAUUUCACUCUCCCCUGCAUGGAAUUUUGUAAUCGUCAAGAAUGAGAAUUCGAGUGUCCUUUGAGCAGAAUGGAUUUCAAGAACCAAUCAAAUUGUAGGUCUUAUGUUUCAUAGGGGCACAUUGACCUAGCUUUGCAAACUUUCAUUUGCUGCGUGGUGAUAGGACAUGAUAUCAUGCAGUUCAUUUCAUGGCCAGGUAGUCAGCACUAUUAAGAUGAAAGAAAUGCAGGAACUAUUAUACUUAAGAGGAAAGAGAAUAUUCGCUAGGUCCUGUGAUUGUAAGAAAGACUGAAAACAGUACUUUUGGAGACAGUGGGUGUUGAUUGGCAUCUGAGUUCUGAAAGCAGAAAUCUAGUAAAGUGACUGACCCUCGCCUAAUGAAGGGGCUGUUCUGAUGCAGGGGAAAGCAUUCUGAGGGACUGCCUGGGAAUGUUUCCACUAGGUUUGGGCCUCUUCUGCUUUUAAUGAGAGUGUGUAUGCAAAUGUGUGUGUUCACCCACCAGCUCCCCAGGGGAGAAAGGUGGGACAGUCUGCUCUCUUCAAGAUUACAGCCUUGG